AUGAUACUUGUGAUUAUUCAAGCAUGUGCACAGGAGAACGGCAAAGUUGUAAAGCAAGUUUUGUUCUCACGAAAUGUGCCAGCAUGGCGCUCAUCAAUGCGCGUUAGACAGGUCCAAGGUAAUUUCCCUCGCUUAUCUGCGUUCUAUGACGGCGGCUCUCGACCACAGCUCUUCAACCACUUCAAUAAGCGAUACGUCGACUUGUACGAUGCCGACAAUCUUGAGCGUUGA